UUCUUUUUAUUUGUUAAAAUUAAUUAAAAUGGCAUUAUUUAUUGGUCGAUUACCACCUGGUAUAAAAGAUUACGAUUUAGAAGAUAUAUUUAUUAAAUAUGGCAAGAUCACUCGUUGUGAAGUGAAGAAAGGAAAAAGUUUUUAUUAUGGUUUUGUUGAAUUUGAUAAUGAUAAUGAUGCAUAUGAUGCUAUGGACGAAGUAGAUGGCAUGGAUCUUGAUGGUGUACGUAUCAUAGUGGAAAAAGCAAAAGGACGUGUUCGUAGAAGUGAUGAACGUGGUUGUUACAAUUGUGGUGAAGAAGGCCAUUAUGCUAGAGAUUGUAGAGAACGCCCUCGUUCUAGACAUAGAUCUCGUAGUCGAUCCCCAUCAAGAAGUAGAGGCCGACGUUAUAGAAGUUAUUCUCGAUCUCCAUCGCCACGUAGACGUCGCUAUCGUAGCUAUUCUAGAUCACCUUCUCCUGAUCGUAGAAGAAGAAGAAGAAGAAGUUAUUCUCCUUCGGUAUCAAGAAGUCCUCCUCGUCGCCGUAGAUCUAGUUACCGUGAUGAUCGUUCUUAUUCUCGUUCUCGCUCUCGCUCAUAUUCAAGAUCUAUCUCUCGAUCUAUUUCACCUGUUGAACGUCGUCGUCGUAUGGAUUCAAAAUCUCGUUCUCGUUCUCCUUCUCGUGAUAAUAUCAAAGAACCUUACAAUGAUGGUGAUAAUCGUCGAUCUGCUUCUCCUAUGCCUGAUGAAAAUGUUGAACCUGAACAAUAGGAUAUUUACAUUAGUUUAGUUCAAUCCCCUUUUUUUUCCCCAUUCAUUUAGUAUUUUAUUCUCUUUUUUCUUUUUACAUGUGUUAUGUAUGCAGGUGGUGAUUUUUUUUUUUUUUUGAUUAUAUGUGUC